UUAAGAGGUAUCAUUUACCUUUCUACAAGAACAUAGCACUAUUACAAAAACAAGAUGAAGAUUGCAAAGUUUUCUGUUCUACUCUUGAUUUUAUUUAUUUUCCCCGUGGCAUUAGCGCAGCUAAAAUUCGGGUUUUACAAAGAAUCGUGCCCUGAUGCAGAGACAAUCGUACAAAACCUGGUCCGCCAGCGUUUUGGUAGUGAUCCUACAAUCACUGCCGCCUUGACUCGGAUGCAUUUUCAUGACUGUUUUGUCCAGGGCUGCGACGCUUCUCUCCUCAUAGACCAAACGACGUCUCAAUCAUCGGAAAAAACCGCCGGCCCAAACGGUAGCGUGAGAGGGUUCGAGCUGAUCGACGAGAUCAAGACGGCACUCGAAGCUCAAUGUCCCUCCAAGGUCUCGUGCUCCGACAUAGUCACGCUCGCCACACGUGACUCCGUGUUCUUAGGCGGAGGGCCUAACUACACGGUCCCCACCGGACGUCGUGAUGGCUUUGUGUCGAACCCUGAAGACGCCAAUAGGAUCCUCCCUCCACCAUUCAUCUCCGUCGAAGGUCUGUUAAGUUUCUUCGGCAACAAAGGAAUGAAUGUUUUUGAUGCCGUAGCUCUUUUGGGGGCGCACACGGUUGGGGUCGCUUCUUGUGGUAAUUUUAUUGACCGGGCCACCAACUUUCAAGGAACCGGACUACCCGACCCAUCCAUGGACCCCUUUUUGGCUGGCAGGCUAAGGGACACAUGUGCGGUUCCAGGCGGCUUCGCGGCACUGGACCAGUCGAUGCCAGUAAGGCCGGUCUCAUUCGACAACUUGUUCUUUGGUCAGAUCAGAGAGAGGAAAGGAAUUUUGUUAAUCGACCAACUAAUCGCGACCGACCCGGCCACUUCUGGUGUUGUGUUUCAGUACGCGGCCAACAAUGAACUAUUCAAACGUCAGUUCGCAAUCGCGAUGGUGAAGAUGGGAGCCCUUGACGUGCUUACCGGUUCAGCUGGUGAGAUCAGGACGAAUUGUAGAGCAUUCAACUAAAGCUUGAUAACCUGUUUCUAAACCUGAUUAUUGAUUUUUUUCUUUUCUUUUCGCUUAUGAUGAUGAAUUGUGAAUGGUGAUUGUUUGCCUAUAUAAUUAUAUGUAUGUACGUAUAUCUUUAAAAUAAUGUUUGGUGAAUCGAUCUGAUAACAACAAUAUGUUAUGUUGGUACGAGAUUUGAGUGAAUUGUGAUGUAUUUUAGUUUAUCUGACUCCAAAAACUAACUUCAGAGUUGUAUC